AUGUCAAUAUUAUUGAAUGAAAAUUUGUGUGAUUGUAUUCAUUUCUGUUUAUUAAAUGAUCAGCCAUCAUCAUCAUCAUCAUCAUCAUCAUCAUCAUCAUCAUCAUCAUCAUCAUCAUCAUCAUCAUCAUCAUCAUCAUCAUCAUCAUCAUCAUCAUCAUCAUCAUCAUCAUCAUCAUCAUCAUCAUCAUCAUCAUCAUCAUCAUCAUCAUCAUCAUCAUCAUCAUCAUCUCAUCAUCAUCAUCAUCAUCAUCAUCAUCAUCAUCAUCAUCAUCAUCAUCAUCAUCAUCAUCAUCAUCAUCAUCAUCAUCAUCAUCAUCAUCAUCAUCAUCAUCAUCAUCAUCAUCAUCAUCAUCAUCAUCAUCAUCAUCAUCAUCAUCAUCAUCAUCAUCAUCAUCAUCAUCAUCAUCAUCAUCAUCAUCAUCAUCAUCAUCAUCAUCAUCAUCAUCAUCAUCAUCAUCAUCAUUCAUCAUACUAA